AUGGCGAAGAUCCUCUGCACGAUCUGGGCACUGAUGCUGCACAGCUUUGGCGUGUCGAUUUUCCAGACUUGUUUCGCCGAUGCUACCGAGGACGAGUACGGAAAAUCAUUGCUCACAGGACCCCCUGAAACGGCUUUUUUAUUUGCGUCCGGAGUUUACGUUCUAGUAGCCCGGUCGACCAUUUUCCCGCCCUCUUUUCGAAAGCCACCUGCAGCGUUGCUGUGCUUCUAUGAGUUUCUGGCGACUGCAUUCAUUUUGGAGUUCGCAAUGGCUUGCAUUUGGGUUCCUAUCGACGUCCUUUUGCUCACGACGUUGCCCAAGCACCUUUGCCAUGCAUUGGAUAGUUUGGAGAUGAAAGAUACAGCUGAGUGGAUCCAAUCAGACAGAAGUCCUAUUAUAUUGCUGAGUUACGUCAUAUCCGUCUCAUUUUUUCUUCUUGUCCUCUACGUCACAAGGUCCCUGGAUUUUUCCGUAUUAACGUCAGUAAAAUUUACUAAUCAUCCUAGACUAUAA